AUGGUUCUAGCUGAAUUAAGCGGGCAGAUCACGCAAGCGUUCCGCAAACUCCACGCACGGACGAUUAUCACAGAGGAGGUAAUCGACGAAGUUAUAGGAGAUAUAGUGCGGGCGCUGCUAUCUGCCGAUGUAAAUGUUAAACUUGUUCGACAACUUAGGGAAAAUGUCAAGCUACAAACACGUCUCCAUGCUGACACUUUAGGGGCGAACAAGAGAAAGUUCAUACAAAAGGCCGUAGUAGAAGAGUUCAUAUCGAUGCUCACAAGUGAUCGGAAACCAUACACGCCAAAGAAAGGAUAUGCCAAUGUUAUUAUGUUUGUAGGGUUACAGGGUGCUGGGAAGACUACAACAUGUACCAAGUUCGCAUAUCAUUACCAACGUAAAGGAUGGCGUACAGCGCUUAUAUGUGCUGACACUUUCCGUGCCGGUGCAUUCGAUCAAUUGAAGCAGAAUGCGGCCAAGGUCAAAAUACCGUUCUUUGGUAGCUACAGUGAAGCAAACGCUGUUAGAGUGGCAGCUGAGGGUGUAGCAAAGUUCAAAGAAGAAAAAUAUGAUAUUAUCAUUGUGGACACUUCGGGUAGACACAAACAAGAGGACUCACUAUUCGAGGAAAUGAGACUCAUACAUGAAGCGGUGAAACCAGAUGAUGUCGUAUUCGUUAUGGACAGUCAUAUUGGACAGGCUUGCUUUGAUCAAGCGUCAGCAUUCAAAAAGGCUGUUGACGUUGGAAGCGUGAUCAUCACAAAAUUAGACGGACAUGCUAAAGGUGGAGGAGCAUUGGCAGCAGUGGCUGCCACAGACUCACCUAUUAUAUUUAUCGGUCACGGAGAGCAUUUUGAUGAUUUCGAGAAAUUUGAUGCAAAAUCGUUCGUGUCACGGCUACUGGGAAUGGGAGAUAUCGGCGGACUCAUCAACACCAUCCAGGAGGUGGUUAAGAUGGGCAAUAACCAAGAAAUGGUGGACCGUAUAUCCGCAGGAAAGUUCACUAUACGUGAUAUGUACGAUCAGUUUCAAAACUUGCUGAAAAUGGGACCACUGGGGAAAGUUAUGUCCAUGUUCCCGGGGAUGGCACCGGGACUUAUAGACUCGGGGAGUGAACAGGAAGGAGUUAACCGUAUCAAGCGGUUCAUAUAUAUUAUGGACUCGAUGAAUGACGAAGAGUUGGACUGUGAAAAACCACUAAACGAGUCACGAGUGUUGCGGAUCGCACGGGGUUGUGGAUGCUCCGUGCUAGAGGUCAACGUACUCAUGGACAACCACAAGAUGUUACAACGCAUGGUCGGCAAUAUGGGCAAGGCAGGGUUAAACAAGGACACUGCAAUGCAGAGUAUGAUGAGGAACCCUCAACAGAUGAUGUCAAGGCUGCAAAACAUGAUAGACCCCAAGUUGCUUCAACGUAUGGGUGGUGCCGGCAACAUCAUGAAAUUCAUGAAGGAGUUCUCGCAAACAGAAGGGGCAGGGAGUAUGCUGAAACAAAUGGGUGCUGCUGGUAAACGUUAG